AUGGGGAACGAGACUUCUCAUUUGAACGGCUUAGAAAUAGAAGAAAAGGCUAUUGAGACAACAGACUUCUGGUCACAUUAUCAGGCUACUAUCAAUGACAGCUGUAGAUAUUUCAGCUUAAAGAGUGAUGGUUCCGUCUCUGUGUUUAAAGGAGAGUCAGUUUUAGGACCAUUGUGGACUGUAUGUACACCAUUGGAGAAGUUUUCUAAUAAUCUAUUAAAAUAUCGACAUCCAUGUAUUGUAAGAUAUAUUUCGUCUUGGCAACAAAGAUCUACAUUUCAUUUAGCAACUGAGUAUAUUCAACCUUUGGCCCAUGUCUUAGCAUUGCAAACACCUUUGCAAAUUUGUAUAGGGCUUAAUAAUAUUUUACAAGCUCUAGUUUUUCUACAUGAACAGGCUGGUAUGUCACACAACAAUGUAGGUGUAUCUUCUAUAUACAUAUCUGGUGAUGGACAAUGGAAGCUUGCUGGUUUACAGUAUCUAUGUAUAUUUACUGAACUCAAUUCCACUUAUUUGAAACAAGCAAGAAUACACAGAUAUGACAAAGCAAUUGACCCCAAUGAAGAAUCAUAUGAAAUUACUUCUAAAGUAGAUCAGUAUGCAUUUGCAGUUUUGGUAGAAGAUGUCUUCAAAGGUCAUAGUGAUGAUGAAGUUCCACACCUAAAAGAGUUCAAAAAGUACUGCAGAAAUUGUUUGCAGAAUCCAGAUCCAAAUAAAAGACCUAUUUUGUCAGAAGUUCUAAGGGAUAACUUUUUCAAUCAUGAAUUCAUAUCUAUAUACAAAUUUUUAAAUUUUCUACCACUGAAAAGUGAAGAUGAGAGAAGUGAAUUUUUUGCAAGCAUUUUAAACAAUCUUAAAUGUUUUGAUGAAGAAACUAUUGCUAAGCAGUUAGGAGGUCUCUUGUUAUCAAGACUUACACUUCUUGAUACAACAGCAAGAAAAGAGGUUUUACCAUUUAUUUUAAAACCAAAAAAUGACAGAAUGCAAAAUGGAGAAUGUUCUGGAUUUUUUCAACUUAGCACAUUCAAAGAACAUGUUAAACCAAGGCUUUUACAGUUGUUUGGAGUAAGAGAUAGUCAAAUACGAAAGUUGUUGCUUUAUCACUUUACUAAAUUUGUCCAUGUUUUUACUCAUGAAGAGCUUUCUCAACACAUUCUGCCAGAGUUACUACUUGGAAUAAAGGAUACAGAUGAUACUUUAGUAGCAUCCACAUUAAUAUGUCUUAGUGAGUUGGUGCCAAUUUUAGGAGCAGAUACUGUUGUAGGAGGCAAAAGAUCAAAACUUUUUACAGACGGAAGACCAAAAUCACAAGCAAAUAAUACAAAAUCAAAUGUAAGGCAUGUCAAUAGUGUAUAUACAGCAAAUAAAGUACUUGAAGAAUUUUACUGCUCAGAACCUGUACAUCCUGAUCAUGAAAAUACUCAUACAUAUGAACAAGCAAUCACAUUGAAAGAAAGACCGUCACCUGUAGGAGGCGAAUCCAUAGACAAUGAAGUUUAUGUUGCUGGAAAUUCACAAAAAAAUAAUGUUGAUUCUGAAGAUGACUGGGACGAUUGGGAUAAUAAUCCUAACAGACAAUUGGGAACUGUAGAUUUAGAACAAAGAGAUGCCUAUCAUAUAGAUAUGGCAAUAGAUACAGAAUUUCCUAAAUCAUUGGUUAAUAUUAUUAUUAAAAAUGAACAGCCACCAACAGUAAGAUCAACAUUACUGCAAAAAGCUGCUUUAGAAGCAAAAAAGAAUAUAGUAGAUAUUUCAGAAUUAGACAUAAAAAAUCAAAAGGUAGAUGCAACUAAAAAGAAAGACGAUGUUGACUUCUUUGCUGAUAUGAUGCCAGUUAUUGAGAAACAGAAAAUAGUAACUGUUGUAGAAACACAAAAUUUUAAUAAAUUAGACUUUGUUCCUGCUGAAGCUGAUGAGACUGAAGAUUGGGGAGAAAACUGGAAUGAG